AAGGACGUCAAGGGACUUUUCCCAAGAUCAAAGGUCAAGGAGAUGGCCUCCUCAGGAAUCUAUAAGCUGGAUGACGGGAAGCCUUACCUGAACAACUGCUUUCCAGCCAAAAAUCUGCUACGGAUAUCAGAGGAAGGUAGAGGACAUUGGUUAGUGGCUCGGAAAUGUAACCUCAAAAAGAAGGCCAAGGGUACGGUCAAGGCACCAGCUGAAGGUCAGGAAAGCCAGAAGGUUUCUUUUGAGGUCGGAGCAAAGAAAAGGUCUGGAUGGAAAAACCAAGCGGACAUUCCUGGACACGUGCUGGACUUGAAUUUUCUGCUGAAGCACCACUGUGUGAGGAAGCCAUCAGACCUGUGCACCAUUAAUGUGAGCGGCCUGAAGUUCUCCCAGGUUAACGAGAAGGACUUCAAGCAUUUUGAUUCAGUGAUUUACAUCAAUGCCUCAGAAAACCUGCUGCCUCUAGAAGUAUUUCACACGUUUCCAGCCUUAAAAGAACUGGAGCUUGCAUUAAAUGGCAUCAAAACAGUCUAUGUGAAAUGUGGAGAUUUUAAGUUGUUGGAAUUCCUGGACCUUUCCUUCAACAGCCUGACUGCGGAGGCCAUCUGUGAGCUGGGGAUUCUGCCACACCUCCGUGUCCUGCUCCUCACAGGCAACGGGCUCACCUCCCUGCCACCGAAUUUGGCUGUCACAGAGCAGGAGGCAUCUGUAACAUCACUGACAAGCAAGAAGUACAUCCUGAGGUUCCCAGCACUGGAGACAUUGAUGCUGGAUGACAACAAACUCUCCAACCCCAGUUGCUUUGCCAGCCUGGCCGGGCUUAGCAGACUGAAGAAGUUAAGCCUGGACCAAAACAAGAUUUUCCGGAUCCCAUACCUACAGCAGGUUCAGCUCCGUGACGGGUCAGGGGAUUGGGUUGAACACAGGGGGAGUCCACGGAAAGGGCCCCAAUCCAUGCUGCAGCCCAAGUCAUGGGUGUUUGAGGCCUCCGAUGAGCACCCGGAUUAUACUGUACUGCCCAUGAAAAAGGAUGAUGACCGGACAGAGGUUGUGUUCUCAUCAUACCCUGGAUUUUCUACCUCGCAGACAACCAAGGUAUGUGCACUUCCUCCCAUAUUUGAGAUUCUUCCUGUGAAGUCACUGAAGGCCAGGAACCAGACGCUGGCCCCACCCUUCCCAGAGCUGAGGUAUCUUAGCCUGGCCUACAACAAGAUUGCGAAGGAAGACGCCAUCCUGCCCGUAGCCCUCUUCCCAUCUCUCUGUGAGCUCAUCUUUCAUAACAACCCUCUGGUGGCCCACAGAAAAGGGGUCCCUCCACUGCUAAAGAGCUUCCUCCAGGAGCGGCUGGGGAUCCACUUAGUUCGAAGGAGGAUAGUGAAGGCUAAACAUCGUAUUUUGAUACCUCGGAAAGCCUCAAGGAAGGUGAAAACCCAAGUCCCAAAAGUACCAAAGCAGCCUCUGCUUCUCCAUCACCUCCCUGCCACUACGAUCAAGUCUCCGUCAAAGGAAAUGUCGGAGUCACGGGUGGCUGAAGGGCUGUCCACCACCAAAGACACUUCUCGGAAGCCAGAGAUGCUCAUCGAGGGCCUGGAAGGGCCUUCCCUGCACCACCGGACCUUUGUGCCACUUCCUCCCAUCCGCUCCACCUCCUCUGUGCCUAGUGAGGAGACCACAUCUCGCCGGAGCGACACCGCUGUUCACCUCAGCCCGGAGCACCCGUCAGAUGAGGACAGCAAGAGCACAGAGUCCAUCUUCUUGACACAGGUGAGUGGGCUGCCUUACUCCAUCCUCCAGAGGGACGAUUCAGAGGUGGAGAAAGACCAAAGACCACCGCCGCCACCACCUCCAGCACCCAGAGAUGCGAAGAAGCCUCGGAGGAAGCUUCCACCUGCCUCAGUCUCCAGCAGGUACCUUGGCUAUGAGGAGCUGCUGACAGCCAAGCCUGAUCCCGCCUUCACUGAGCCAAAAGGAAUCCAGAAGAACGCGCAGGCGCUGCGGCACAUGCUCAAGCACCCGGUCCUGUACUGCUCCUCCAAGCCCAAGCGGGACACUCUUCAGAAACACUAUGUUCCCAAGGAGAAACGGGCCCAGAGGAUCCCUGCUCCGCCCCCACGGAAGACUCGAGCCCAGCUGCUGGAUGACAUCCUCAUUCGCAUGCGGGACCCCCGGAACGUUACAGAGGCCCCACUAGGGGCUGUGCUGCGCCGGCGCACCGAGCGGCGGCUGGUGAACCAGCAGCAGUACCUGGAAGCCAAGCGCCUGCUGAAGGAGUUCCGAGCGCGCUACCGGGAGCUGGUGCGGUGCUCGCUGCAGAAGGUGUUCAGGACCCCAGCGCCGCCCGCGACCCACCCGGCCCUGAGCGAGGGCCAGCCUCAGUUCGGCCGCUUCCUCCAGUUCAUGGACGAGUUCUGCCAGGAGCCCACGGCCAGUGACUCAAAAAGCUAG